ACCAAGCAACAAAACAAAAAAAUGACCGCUAAAAAUAUUCCUCGUCGCCAGGCUAUUCCCAUCCUUUAUACUCGGGGCACUCACUAUGAUGUGGGAUUUGAUAUGGGUCGCACAUUUGCCUCAAUGAUAAAGAACUUUUUAUUGCUCUCCGGUCCUUUAAAUGAUGUCUAUUUGCCAUUGUAUGCCACCGAGAAGGGAAAAAAUGCCUACAAUGAAACACUGGAGACGGUGAAAAAUUCAUUCCCUCAAUAUAUUCGUGAAUUGGAGGGUGUAGCCGAUGGUGCUCAAGUUGAAUUUCAUAAGCUCUUCCUCUUGCACAUGGAUGAUAUCCUGCCCCAGAGUGUUAAGCAUUUGAAUACGAUCAAAAAACAACCGGUUGGAUGUUCUACUAUUAUUGUCAAUAACGAUAAGGAGAGAGUUUUGGGCCACACCGAAGAUGCCCUAACAGAAACAUUGAAUCACUAUUACUUUGUUGUGGCUCACAUCAUCAACGAUACACCGCAAGGCAAAUACAAUGUAAAAGAGGAACGUUUUAUGUCGCUAUGCUAUGCUGGCCAUUUGCCAGGCUAUACCAUGAAUUACAAUCACCAUGGCUUGGUAUUUUCGAUUAAUACCCUAUCGGCUGAGGUAUUGCGAAGUGGCAAGACACCAAGACACUUCAUUACCCGUGCCCUUCUAAGUGCCGACAGCACGGAUCAGGCCAUGAAAAUUAUUCGUGAUGCUGGUGUGGGUGCUGGAGAUGGUUGUUCCAUUAAUAUGUGCUUCAUAAACGAUCCUUCCAAUUUGUGCUAUAACAUUGAAAUGGCUCCCACCGAGGGCAACUCCAAAGAGUCCACAUUGAAUAUUCGUAAAAUUGAGAAAGGAGACCACAGCUAUCAUGCCAAUAAAUACGAACGCAUCGAAAUCGAACAGGGCAAUCAGAUUAUGAUCGAUUCCAGUGUAUCGCGUAUGAACACAUUUAGCACCUAUGAACCGGCUAAAUCGAAACAGGAUGUUAUUAAUAUGUUGGGUGAUUGUUCGGGUGGUGAACAUUGUGUUUUCCGUGAAAAUAAUUCGUUGGAUCAAGAGGUGAAAACAAUUGCCAUUGGUAUUUUCGAUUUGAAUGAGAGAACUGUUGCCUUAUAUUCGGAUAAUCCACGAAAUAAUGAACCCCAUGUUGUUUUGCCAAUGAUAUUGAAGGAUAAUUAA